GAGCAGUAGAACUCUAAUUAUGUAUUAUAUUACUCUCUGCUUUACCCGAAAUAUAACAUUUUUUUGGAUUGCAUUCUUGUCACUAGGAAUUUGUCUAGGAUUAUGUGCCACCACUCAGAUAACAUCCACUGACUUCCAUUGUAUACCCCGAGAUAAUGCUUCUUACAGUGACACACAAGAUGGAUUGGUUGAGCCCACACCACCCUACGCAUCCUUUAUUCGGUCACACAAUGUUACAUUGGGAUGGAAAGCAGCCAAUAUCUCAGAUGCAGCAUAUAUCAUUCAGUGGAAAUAUGUGCACAUUGCAAGCGACUGGCAUUAUACCCAGAUAGUUACAGAAACGUCUUACACAGUGAGUAAUCUGCAACCGUACACGGAGUAUUGGUUCAGAGUUAUCUGGAUUAUUUGCCAGCUCCAUUUCCCUUCUUCAUCCAGUCUUGCCUACAGGACGCUUGCUUUUGGAGAGCCUUCAGGACCUCCAAUCAUUGAAGAUCCUAUUAAUACUAAUCCAGACUCAAUUGAAGUGAGCUGGUUUCCUCCAAUGUUUCCAAGUGGACCUAUUAUAGGUUACAAUCUGAAGCUUUCUGCUGACAAGGAAAAUCCAAGAUACUAUUCAGUCACUGGAAAACAGAAUUUUCAAUUUUAUGCCACCAAACCAGGGACCACGUACAGAUUUUCCAUCAGCGCAGUAAAUGAAAGAGGUGAAGGACCUGCUGCAGAAGCCAAUAUUACCACGCUGAAUUCAACAGUUCAACAUAAACAUCAGUGGCUGUUUCUAUCAAGAAAUAAUACUUUGAAAAAGAGAGAGAACUUGAAAGAUACUUUCUAUGAAUCUAAAUGUCUAACUGUGCAAAGCAGAAUUAGUGGUAUCUCUGUGAACAUUUACACCGGCGAAGUGUAUUUCUCAGAGCAGAAUCAUAUCUGGGUAAAAGGAGCCAAUAACAUGACAGAUAUGUCUGAUUUAAGGAUUUUGUACACUGGACUGGGGAGCAUCACUUCAAUAUCAGUGGAUUGGCUGUACAAUAAGAUGUAUUUUGUCAUGAGCAAUCAGGUACAUACCUGUAAUCUAAAAAACUGCACAAGUGUCCACACAAUCCCACUGCAGCCUGGUUUGUCUCUCAGAAAGAUUGUGACUGAUCCCUUCAAUGGAUAUAUUUUCCUUCUUGUGGAGGAAGGAAUUCAAAGGAUCAUCCUGCCUCAGACUUUAACAGAGGACAUGUUGCCAAACCACAUAAUAAAAAGCAGUAAUAUUCUGGACUUUAUUGUCAAUGUUCAUUCCAAAAUACUAUUUUACGCUGUUGGUAAUAAUGGGGGAAACACUUCGAUUAUAUCUGUCUUCUUGGAUGGAUCCACUGCUCAGUACUUACGCCAUAUAGAGGACAAUUCCAUAUCAGAAAUAAGAAGCUUUGUAUAUGAUAAUGACAGUUUAUUGUUCACAAAUGGAUAUAACGUAUAUCAGGAAGAGUUCUUAAACAACAAAUAUUGGUACAACGAAUUCUUAGUGGCUUGUAAUUUGUUCGAUUUACCCUUUCCAGGAUACAAUAACUUUAUCUUGUAUGGAGAAUCAACUCAGCCCUUUCCUUUGCCAAGUCAACCUCAGGAUGUAAUGGUCUUAUUAGGUACAGAAUCUGCUGCAAUCGUUUGGAAGCCACCAAAAUCCUCUAUUGAAUCUAGUCCUGCUGCAUGGCAAGACUGGAUAUAUACCAUCAUCGUAACAGCACAGGAUCCUGAUAUGCCACAUUUUUUUGCCAAUAUCAGUUCCACUACCGUAACGAUCAAAGAUCUGAAUGUAUCCACAAAAUAUCAAGUAACAGUACAAGCAUCAUCUCCAGCUGGGCAAAGCCCAUGGACACCACCUUUAGUAGGAACCACUCUGCAGCCUGCUGAUGAGGAACCUUACUUUCUAGCGACAGGCCCAGGUGGAAUAUGGAGGCAAUCUUUGGACAAAUUUGGGCCAGGAGAACUUAUUUCUGACAAACUCACAUCCAUAUCAGAUCUAGAUUGGUACAAUAACACACUCUUCUGGAGCACUAAAGCAGGCCAGGUGUACAUGUGGGAAAUGCCGUACACAGUUGAUAAUUCUCCUAUUCAAGUAACAGAGAUAAGAAGAAGUGGACCUAUAUCUUUUGAUUGGCUUGGCCACUGCAUCUACUGGUCUGAUAAAGUAAACGCUACGAUUUUCAGGAAGCAUAUCAACACAGCAGACAUUGAACAAGUUAUACCUGGGAACUAUCUAGUGAAUGAUAUGGCAGUGGAUUCAAUCAAUGCUUUUCUGUACUGGAGCACAAGCUAUACCCUGGAAAGCAGUAAGCUGAAUGGACAGAAGCAUUACAUGAUCCAAAAUCUAACACUCUUUACCAGCACACAGAUUGUUGGCCUUACGUUGGACAUUACACGUAGACAUCUAUACUGGCUUGUAAAGGAUGGACUCAACAUAAAUUUGUAUAGAGCCGUACUACGGGAAGAUGGUUCUCCUGAUCCUCCAGAAAUAACAACAUUAACUUUUUGGAGUUCUUCAGAAAUUUCCCAGCAUGCAUUAAUGUAUUACAGUGAUAGAUUAUUCUGGAUAAAUGGUCAAAACUAUUUAACAGUUCAAGAAGUCAGCCAAAGCACAUGUACUCCUUUCUCACAGCCUGCAGAAUGCACAGCCUUUACUCUGGUUCUGAAUUACUGCAAACCGUUACCAGGAAACUUUUUGUAUGCUCCAGAAGUCCUACCAGACCCAAUUCCUAGUUCUUCAUUUGAAAUUCAAGGAGAUCAUAAAAUGUUUCACAUCAUUUGGAAAGAGUCAUUAAAUGUAGACUAUGGCAUUGUCUUCUACUGUGUGGAAUCCAAUAUACUGCAAACCAUGUUUGGAAUGGGCAAUACGCAAUGCCUUACCCCUGAAAAUUUCACUGAUCCUUUCUACACUGUUCAUGGACUUGAGCCAUAUACGGAGUUUGAUUUCUCUGUAACUCCCUUUACAUACUGGAGGAGAGCAACCACUACGAAAUUAACUCUUCGUGCACCAGAAGGAGUACCUUCACCACCUUUGAAUCCAAGAAUAUAUCUGUUGCAUAAUACAUUUGAUAAGGAGAAUGUUGGUCUGGAAAUGAGAUGGGAUAAUCCGAAGAUGCCCAAUGGUGCUUUGACAAACUUUACUAUUUCCUACAGACUAACAAAUGAAAUUCUUUUUCGUAAUUCAACUGAUGCGUGGACCACACUUAAUGUAACAGCAUUGUCUAGGUCCCUACACCUUUUAAAUUUGAGUCCCGGGCUUCUUAUAGAGUUUAAGGUCCAAGCCUACACAUCUAAAGGACCUGGCCCAUUCUCUGAUAUUAAAAAAGGAAACACAUCAGAUGUUCGACCUGUGCCCUCCAUAUUCAGUUUAUCUUCUACAGAAGUAGCUCUGGUUGACCUAGAUAGAGAAGAAGUAUCAUGGGUUUUCUCAGUUGAGGAGAGAAUGAAGGCCAUUUCCUACACAGCCUAUGAUGGGAAGCUGUAUUACACAUUAAGUGACUUGCUAUUCAUCAGAGAUACUUCAAACCUUUCCACUUUUUUGUUAUUACAAGAUGAGCGUCUUUCUGACUGUCAAAGCAUGACUUUGGAUUGGAUUGCAAGACACCUGUAUGUUAGCAUACAUUCACAGCAGAAUGGGCAACAAGUGUAUGCCAUUGAUCUGGAGCAAAAGAAAAAAGGCUUAAAACAAAUAACCAAUGUACAGCUUUCUGUGAAUACAAGCCUUGAAGCCUUGGCAGCUUAUGCAUUACAGAGUCGUCUAUACUGGAUAGAGCGCUGGGAUAUGGACAGAAGAAGAAUUUCCUAUUACAAUAUUGAAAAUGGCACAAUCGAACAUGUGUUGGGUUACAAGAAUAAAAUAAGAACUUCUGAAGCAAGUACCUGCAAUUGCCAUGUGGAGCCCUCAGGCAGGUCAAUGGCUCUUGAUUUAACUGAUACCGAUAAUCCAUACAUAUACUUUCUAAGCAAUGCCACAGAUAUCUGGAUCUCAGAUUUAGAAGGCUGUCACUGUGUAAAAGUAUUCUCCAUACCACUGCUCUCAGAAACUGCUCUUGUUACAAGUUUGGCUGUUGAUGACUACUCAAUAUAUUGGAGCAAUACAGACAAAGAAAAUACUACUGUUUUUCAAACAAGUAAACACGCUCAACUUCCAAGUGUAUUGCAGACGAGCCAAGAUCCCAUCCAAGUUAUGGCCUUCAGUGCUUCAUUACAGCCUUUUCCAGACAAAACAUGCCUGCUCUUGGCUCAUUUGACCACCCGACCUGUAAUAUUGAGUACAUCAAACACCAGCCUUACACUGCAACUGCCUACGGCUGUGACUAAUGCAUCCUGCGCCUUUAUAAUCAGCCCCACUCCAACCUAUCGGGUUAAAUAUAGAAAACUUAUUGACAAUACAACUGCAAACUAUCCUUCACGUAACAUCUCAAGUACAUUAGAAUUUCAGGAUCAGAUAGCACUUAUCCCAGGAUUACAGCCUUAUUCCAACUAUGAAAUUGAAGUCACAGUUGAGAAUUACUACUCAUUGCUAUUUUCUGAGCAGCCCUUAGGAACCAUGGUCACUGCUAAAACUGAUUACGGAGUUCCAGAAGCAGUGGAUACUGUGGUGAUAACAGUUUUGUCUGAUAGUUUACUUAAUAUAACAUGGACAUACCCUCAUGAGCCAAAUGGUCCACUAGCAUCUAUACGAUACCAGAUCACAUCAAACCUUUUGUUUCCAAAUCCUAUUGCUCCUUGGAGGGAAGAUGAAUUCCCAGAUGAACAACUUGCAUGGUCUUUCACUGGUCUGCGUGGUGGAACAAAUUAUCAGUUCAAGGUUCUUGCAUUUCACCCAUAUGAAAACUGGUUCAGUGAAAGUGCUCCUGUUUAUGCCACAACAUUUGCAGUUCCAGGCGUACCUAAAAAUAUUGUCCCCGGAAACACCAGCUUAGUUUUGCAAUGGAGAUCUCCAGAGGAAGCCAUAACUAACUACUAUUUUGAAAUAAAAGAGCUGAAAGGAAGAGAUUGGGUUCUACCACUGAGCACAUCUUGCACAGAUGAAGCUUUCCAUACCUGCACGUUGACUGGAAUGGUACCCAACACGUAUUACCAUGUACGCGCUGUUGUUGCUUUUUGGACUGAAGCUACAGGUUUUUCAGACCCAGCAGAAUUCAAGACAUCAGCUGGUGUUCCUAGUAAACCGGAUGCUCCACAGAGUCUGGCUACUGAUAAAAAUACAAUACGAUGGUUUACCUCUGAAGAUAAUGGCAGUAAUCUGACCUACAAUAUUUUAGAAUACACAAGGAUGGAAGAUGAUGGAAGAGAUGCUGCAAGGCCUUGGCAUGUGGCAUACAAUGGGACAUGCCCUGAUAUUUGUGUAUGGAAAUCUACAACAAUGGAAGGAACGUUUCGAUUCAGAGCUGCAGCUGCCAACAUGUUAGGACUCAGCAACUACAGUGAUGUCAGUGAAAGUAUAAUUUUAACUAAAGAAUCAAGCUCCACUAAUGAUGUUGUCAUAAUUCUGGCAAUUAGUUUACCCUUACUGUCUGUGAUUCUUCUGAUUGCUGCUUUUGUUGUGUACAAGAGGACGAAACACAAGCAUAAACAGACAAAAGAAAAGCCAGUGUUCAGCUAUGAGGACAAAGAACUUUCUGCGUUGCGUGGUGUUUCUAAAACUGUUGGUUUGGCAAAUGCUUGUUAUGCUGUCAGAACUCUUCCUACACAAGUUGAAAUGCAAACUUUGCCACAGUUUCCUCGGGAGAGACUUACACUCUGCGUUUUUCUGGGAAGUGGAGCAUUUGGUGAAGUGUAUGAGGGCAAUGCUAUAGACAUUUUAGGGUCUGAUACAGGCAUAACAAAAGUUGCAGUGAAGACCUUGAAGAGUGAUGCAACAGACCAAGAAAAGUCUGAAUUCCUGAAAGAAGCACACUUAAUGAGCCAGUUUGAUCACCCAAACAUCCUGAAACUGCUCGGAGUUUGCCUUUUCAAUGAGCCUCAGUACAUUAUCCUGGAGUUAAUGGAUGGCGGAGAUCUGCUUUCAUAUUUACGAGGAGCUCGACCAGAUCCACCUCUUCAAAUACCUUUGCUGUCAGCAUUGGAUUUUCUAGACAUCUCAAUAAAUAUUUGCAAAGGCUGUGCUUAUCUCGAGAAAAUGCAUUUCGUCCACAGAGAUUUGGCAGCCCGCAAUUGCCUAGUAUCAGUAAAAGAAUACAAUAAUCCUGCUAGGACUGUGAAGAUCGGGGACUUUGGACUUGCAAGAGAUAUUUACAGUUAUGAUUACUACAGAAAAAAAGGAGAAGGGCUUCUACCUGUUCGAUGGAUGGCACCAGAAAGUUUAAUUGAUGGCAUAUUUACUAGUCGUGGUGACGUAUGGUCAUUUGGAAUUAUUCUCUGGGAGAUAUUUUCUUUGGGUCAACAGCCCUAUCCAGGAUAUUCUAACUUGGAGGUGUUACACCAUGUGCGUUCAGGGCAGAGGAUGGAACCCCCAGAAAAUUGUUUUGAUGAUAUGUGGGACCUGAUUUUAAAGUGUUGGGCCCAGGACGCUUCAAAACGACCAACUUUCUUUUAUCUUCAAAGACAGCUAGAAGAUUUGAAACACUGUUCUUUAAGAUGGUCUCGGGUUAGGUAUAGAAGAGCAAAUCUGGAAGGUAUUUUGAAUCCAGCUUUUGAAGACUCCGAUGACAAUGUGGUAGGCAUAGAUGCAGAAGGCAUUGAUUCGUUGACCCUCACUGAAACAAGGAAUGCAGAAGGCCUCAAUUAUUUGAUGGUUGCAACAGUGUAGAAACCAUAACAAAACAAAGACAUACUUCCUACAAUGAGAACAAUUAUCCUGAACAAUCACAAACCUGAAGAUAAAGCAAAUCCUUGAACAUGUAGUUUGGUUAAUUUUUUGUGACAGUUGUCUGGAUAUAAGCAGAAAGAGUGUGUCUUAAAGAUACUGGAAA